GUGUGCUGUGCGUGUGCUGGGUUCAAUUUGCGGCGGGCUUAAAUGUGCGUAAAUUCUGCUUGGCUUGCUUAUAUGUGCAAAACAAUAAACAAAAAUUUUGAAAAAAUUUGUGAAGAUAAAUAUAAUAUAUAAGUAAGUUUAUGUUGUUGGCAGAAAUGGUCAGUGAUAAUAAAAUGUUGGUGACAUACGUUAUAUUCGUUAGUGCAGUUUUCUGCAGAGCUGCGGGUGUCGAAAAUUCGACAGAUUUUCUAGACUGGUUUAAAACUGCAAUUACUGCAGAAGUCCCAACAUUGGAACUAGUAGACUUCGAAAACAAAAGCUACUAUCUAGAAACAGUUUUGAUGGCAAACUAUUAUCAAGCUACACAAUUUUGCAACUUUCAUAAAAUGCGUUUACUGACUGUCACAUCUCAGAAGGAAAACGAUUUUUUAGAAAAAGCUAUUCAUGAUUUAGGCGUAUCCAGAUUCCACUUCUGGACAUCCGGGACUGUCUUACCGUCUGGUCAUUGGGUGUGGAUGUCUAGUGGUCGUCCUAUAAUUUACACUAACUGGGGAAAUGGCGAACCAAAUGGCAGUAGAGUUAAAGAAGUAUGUCUAGAAAUGAGAAUACUGGAUCAAGGAUUUGCAUGGAAUGAUUUGGAAUGUUCAACAAAUUUGUACUUUAUCUGCGAAUGUCCAGCGAAUAACAGAUAUAAUUUGAAAAAGAAACCGGACGAGAAGAAUUCUACUACAAAAGCUGAAAUAGGUUCCGAAUGGCUUAUUGAACCCCGGGUUAAGAGUGAAUAGGUAUGAGGAACUUACGAAUUACUUUAUUUUGAUCAGCGGUAGUGAUAAAAACUCAAAAGUAAUCUUAGCUUUCCCUAUAUAGGACGAUUAGAAUUUUAGAAAAUGUAAACAUAACCCACAUUGUUAUAAAUACUUUUAAUAAACAAAUAGCACUUUAAAA